AAUCCCUUUUAAUAAGUAACUUACUUCCUCAUUCUAUUUCAAAACAAGGCAAACCAUCCUUCCUGCAAAAAAAAAAAAAAACCUCUCUUGUUUUCCACAGGCGCCGUCCUUAAAAACCCAUGAUUCUUCCAUAAACAACAUACAUCUCAACCCUCUAAUUCUUGUCUUUAACAUAUAGUUAUUUGGUUUUCAGUUCUCUGUUUUGUAAAUGGCAACAGCACCAGUCAAGUCACAACCUUUGCACUAUUUCUCUUUACCCCAAUUGAAGUGGCAUACUAACAAAACCCACACAAGAAAGGGUUCCCCUCCUUGUUCCUCAGACAAACAAAAAGAACAACAACAUGAAGAAGAACAAGAAGAAGAAAAACAAGAAGAAAAAAUGGGUUGUGAAGAAGGGGAAGUAAGGUUAUGGAAUUUAAGGCCAAGAAAGAGUGUUGAAACGGUGUCUUUAAAGAAGGUUGAAAUGAGAGUUGAAAGUAGAACUAGUAAUCAUGUACAAAGGUCACAGAGAUUGAAAGAUAAUAACAACUUGGAUGGAAAUGGAGUCGGGUCGGGUAAGAUGAAGGGUAAGAGGAAAUUAUGGAUCUCAUUAUCAAAAGAAGAGAUUGAAGAAGAUGUGUAUUCUAUGACCGGGUCAAGACCCUCUAGAAGACCCAAAAAAAGAUCCAAGAUAGUCCAGAAACAACUUGAUAAUACUUUCCCUGGGUUGUAUUUAGUAGGCCUCACUGCUGACUCAUUCAAAGUCAAUGAUACUACGAAGUAGAUAUGGUAUAGCUGGUGUAGCCGAAUUCUUGCUACUGUGGAAAAGAUUUUGCAAGGAUUGAGGAACUACAGGGAAAGUUUAGAGCUUGAGGAUUUUGCUGCAUUGAUGCCUCAAUUGUGGAGGUAUAAUGUAUUGAAUUACUUAGAGGGAAUAGGAUAGCAUCUUGGAUUUAUAUCUAGUUUUGUCUCGAUUUGUAGCAUAUGGGUAUAUUUGAAAAUAUUUUGGUUGCAAUGGUAACCUAAUGUAUGUAAAGAAUGGAACUUGAGAUAUGGAUGGAUAGAUUUUGUUAUUUUCA